GUAAAUGAUAAGUUGUCGUGUACAUAUCAGUCGUUAUCUUCGUAGUAAUAGGAUAACAUCACAGUAGAGUGCCGCUGUUGUUAAAACCAGCAAUCAAUUUAAAGUUAUCAAUAUUACUUCAUUAUUAUUUUUGUUGUGAAAACGAUACUAACGUUAGGACUUUGAUUGUCUAUUGUGUUCUGUGAUUGAAAUUGACGAUAUCAUGAGAAAAUCACUUGCAAGUCUCACAACUAAUGACAUCAUAUAAUGGACUAUUUUAUUUAGCAGUUUUAAUAGUGAACUCUUUUAGGUGAGAUUGGCUUAAUGUAUAGUGGAAAUUAGUGCUAAAAUGAUGCCGUUAAGCAAGAUCGCACAUCGGACAUGCUUCGUAGUAAGCCGAACCGUGUACAUGACAUGCUGCUGCGGCUGCUGCUCGGCCCUUCGGCCGCGCUACAAGCGGCUGGUGGACAACAUCUUCCCCGCUUCCCCGCAAGAGGGCCUGGUGAAGUCCAAUAUGGAGAAGCUCACGUUCUAUUCGCUCUCCAGCCCGGAGAAGCUGGACAGGAUUGGAGAAUAUUUGUUCCAGAAGGCUAGUCGGGAUAUUUAUAGAAGGAGGCAUGGAUUCGUGGUCAUAGCAAUGGAAGCGAUGGAUCAACUUCUCCUGGCCUGCCAUUCACAGACGCUCAAUUUAUUCGUCGAGAGCUUCCUAAAGAUGGUGCAGAAGCUCCUAGAAUCCACGGAUCCUGAACUUCAGACCUUGGCUACUCAGAGCUUUGUCCGCUUCGCAAAUAUCGAGGAAGACACGCCGUCGUACCAUCGUCGCUACGACUUCUUCGUAUCCAAGUUCUCAGCCAUGUGCCACAGCAACCACAAUGACAAGACGAUGAGGGACAAGAUACGACUCGCCGGCAUACAAGGCUUGCAGGGCGUGAUUAGAAAGACGGUAUCCGACGACCUGGUAGAGAACAUAUGGGAGGCCCAGCACAUGGAUAAAAUUGUGCCUUCUCUGCUCUAUAAUAUGCAGAGUGCAGAAAAAUACGAGACUCUAUCCUGCAUGGACACAGACACACAAGACGGAGUAGAAGACACCCCGCCUCGCCUCGCCGAAGCGUGUCUUCGGGAGUUAGUCGGCCGCGCCUCCUUCGGACACAUUCGUAGCGUACUACGACCGGUUCUCACGCAUUUCGAUCGACACGAGCUUUGGGUACCGAACGACUUCGCCGUACAUACUUUUAAGAUCAUCAUGUUUUCCAUACAAGCACAAUAUUCAUACAGCGUGGUAGAAGCACUAAUGCAGCAUUUAGACGCGGCCGGUGGUGCUGGUAACGACCCACGAGCCCGAACCAGGGUCAGGGCAGCUCGGGCCGGCGUGCUCAGCAAUAUUGUCGCCAUCGCCGCCGGAGACAGUGUCGGUCCAUCGGUUUUGGAAAUUAUCAACAACCUCCUUACCAACCUCCGAGCGUCUGUGGCCAGAGAUUCAGAGAAAGAAACCGACGAAAAGCUAUAUCAAGAGGCCCUCAUAAACGCCCUUGGAGAGUUCGCUGACCACCUCCCCGACUUCCAGAAGAUCGACAUCAUGAUGUUCAUCGUCAGCAAGAUCCCCAGCAACCAGCGGCAGGGGAAGAGCAGCAAGGCGGAUGCCAUGCUGCAGAGUAUCCUGCUCAAGUCGCUGCUCAAGGUGGGGACGACAUACAAGACGAGCGAGCUGAGCAAAGCGUUCCCAGCGGCGUUCCUAGACGCUUUACUCCGUCUAUCUGGCGCAGGGGAGCCUGCCACACGAGCGUUGCUGCAGCGCAUACUACACACGCUACUCGAUAGAAGGCAGAACGCACAUAACCUGCAUACGCCUACGCUGGCGUACGCGGAACUCGGGCUGACGAUAGAGAAGUGCUCCCGCCCAGACCUCAUCUUCAUCAGCAAACACGGCUAUGCUAUAUUCAGCUCUCUCUACGAUGGUCUUCAACUAGAAUCGAAUACGUUGGAAAACAUCGAGGCUAUCUACACGACACUGGCGCUGUUAAUCAUCGAGCUGGGCUCAGAGGAGACUGUUUGCGAUUUCAUGCAACUCAUACUGGCUAUCCAGCAGUCUGCCUUGACGAACCCCGUCCUGACAGUGGGCCAGCAGUGCCAGCUGCACGCCGUCUGCAUCUCGCUGGGGCUGCUGCUGCCCAGGACUCGAGCCCACGACUACCUGCUCAAGAUAGUGGCAGCGCGGCGAGAGGACGCACCACACCUGUUACCACCGCUGUUAGAAGAGUACGACAUCACGCCGGCCAAGAUGCCCAACAAGUUCCCUUACCUCAUGAUCGAUCAGAUGGAGCUGUGUGACUGCCUGAAGGCAUCAGGCCUGGACGCGGCGCGGCUGCAGGCGCCGUCGCCCUACGUGGCGGGCGGCGUCAGUCUGGCGCACAGGCACAGCUGGCUCGAGACCGGCGCGGCCGCGGGCAGGGACAGUCUCGCCGACAUCGGGGCUCCCAACGAGAUGGACAGCGCUAACAGCUCGCCUGGAGUACAGCGGCACCCGCAACAACCAGAGAGCGUCAGCCUAGAAGCUUUACGUCGCGCCGCCACCGGCCCCAGCGACGCAGAGCGACGAGAGGCCGAAAGGCGACGGGCCUCGCUCAACAGCGCCUUCCGUACCGCGCCCUUCGACCAUCUAGUCAGCCUUACACAGCCAAAGUACGAGCUAAAAGACAAGCUAGAAGAGAUCUUCAGCUCCAUCCAAUCGGAGCCCCUCCUGCCUCGCUCGGCCUGCUCCCCUACAGCAUCACACCAGAGCAAUCUUCACAAGCACACCAAGUAUCUGCCCGAGCUGUUCCUCUACUAGAUAAUGUUCCCGAUCAACAGCUUAGCCUCAAUCAAAGAAUUAUCAAUUGCAGAAGAGUUGUAAAAUCUAAGAAGAACCUUGCCCCGAGUUUGACAGAGACUGCCCCGAGAUGUCAUAUUGUACGGCUAGUGAACUGUCAACUUUUGACAACCAUAUAUACUGCGUAACAAAUUCUAAGCACGUUUUUUUUUUCUUACACUUUGCAACUCAGUGAAUAAUUCUAUGGCUUCUAUAAGUAAAUACCUAAAUAUAAUCAUGAUAUUUAUUCUAAUAGCUGUUAUUUCGGCUUAAUGACUUGUUUAUAUCAAUGUUAAUGUUCAAAUUCGACUAAUAUACUACCUAAUGUUACAACAAAAUUCUUCUAAUCUUGCUCAAAAUCACUUUCACCAUUGACUUUAAGCCUUUUGAAUCUUAGCAUGAAUGUAUGCGGGCAUCGUAGCCUAAAGGUGCGUGCAACUGUAGAGUUGUGUAUAUGACAUUAUGUAUACGUAAAGAAGGAAAUCCAAUUGUGUUACUCAUUUACUUUAUUUAACCUUUUCGACGCCGUGUCAAACACAAAAGCUGUCACUCGGACGCCACGUAACCGAAGUGUCAAAACUGAAAUUGAACUUUAUGCAUAUGGACGUAGGUCUAUGUUGCUCUGUGGUCUGUGGCCGAUUAAUCGGGUCUUUGGCGUUGAACCUGCGGUACGGAUAUAUCGGUCAUUGGCGUCCAAAAGGUUAAAUUCGAAAUUCGAGUCGACUCAUAACAUUCCAUGUAUUCGAAUCUCUUGCUUUUAUUGUAAACUACGAUUUAUAUUUACUUAUAUACUUUAUAAUAUUUUUUGCGCUUUGAAAAAUAGUGCUUAAAUGUGAAAAAUAUAAGGUUGGAAUAUCAACUCAAUUACAGAUGUACUUAGUGCAUAAUUGUUUUCCAUCGUAUUUUCUCGGAAACGUUCGUAUUUGUCAUGCUACUUCAGUGAACCUCAGCACUUUUUGUACCGAGACUGACUGAAAUAGCAAGACGCGUUCGUACGUUUCCGUGAAAAUACGAUGGAAAAUUAUUAUGCACUACAUCCGUAGGUGUAUAGCGACUUUUGAUGUUAUCUGUUGAUGAUGUUCGGUAGAUGGAUUGGUAUAAUUCAUGUAAAAUAUGACUUGAUGUAUUUAAUUAACAUAUUAUAGGUAUAUCUUUAUAAAACAAUGCAAUACUAAUAUACUGCCAAUAGAUUGAAUGAUUAAAUAAAAUAGCCUAAAUAUUAAGUUGGGGGUCACUAUACCAACUCCUGAUUUGUGUAUUUGUCAAUGUCAAUUUUGUUGUAUUAUGUUAAAGUGCACUUACACUAGAGUUAGACCAAGAUAAGUCUGCAACGAUUUUGAUAGCACACGCAGUGCC